ACGACGUCACCGCGAGCGCGACGGAGGAGCAACGGGCGAGCUCUGAGGAUGCUGCACUCUGGAGCUUCCUGCAUUCGCUUAGGGAUCCAGUAGCUUUCAGAUAAGUUGAGCCCUCACCCCACAGAGCUGCUUUGGGACUCGGAAGGGGAAAAUGGAACUGUCAGGAAUGAAAAAGAAGAGCUUGCUGGCCAUCAAAGAAAAUAAUAAAAAGUCCAGCACUAGGGCUCCCUCUCCAAGCAAGCGCAAAGACCGGACCGAAGAAAAAUCCAAGGACCGGUCCAAGGACAAACCAGCCACAAAGGAGUCAGGCGAAAAGGACCGUGGGCGUGACAAAACCCGCAAAAGGCACAGUGCUUCCAGCGGCAGCAGCAGCACCAGGUCUCGGUCCAGUUCAACCUCCAGUUCGGGGUCAAGUUCCAGCACUGGGUCCAGCAGUGGUUCCAGUUCCUCUUCUGCCUCAAGCCGCUCAGGGAGCUCCAGUACUUCCCGCAGCUCCAGCUCCAGCAGUUCUUCGGGCUCUCCGAGCCCUUCCCGGCGUAGGCAUGACAAUCGGAGACGGUCCCGUUCCAAAUCUAAACCACCCAAGAGAGACGAAAAAGAACGGAAGAGGAGGAGUCCCUCCCCUAAGCCCACCAAAGUUCACGUCGGGAGGCUCACCAGAAAUGUCACGAAGGAUCACAUCAUGGAAAUAUUUUCUACAUACGGAAAGAUCAAGAUGAUUGAUAUGCCAACAGAUAGGCUCAACCCGCAUCUUUCCCGAGGCUAUGCCUACGUAGAGUUUGAGAAUCCAGAUGAUGCUGAAAAGGCACUGAAACACAUGGAUGGAGGUCAAAUCGAUGGGCAGGAGAUUACCGCCACAGCUGUUUUAGCGCCUCGUCCAAGGCCUCUUCCAAGGCGUUUUACCCCUCCCAGAAGGAUGUUGCUACCACCCCCUAUGUGGCGCCGCUCACCACCACGCAUGAGGAGAAGAUCCAGGUCUCCCAGGCGCAGAUCCCCAGUUCGCAGGCGAUCCAGAUCCAGAUCUCCAGGCCGGAGGCGUCACCGCAGUCGAUCCAGUUCCAACUCUUCUCGAUAAAACACAGGACUAGGCAGUUCUGGUUUUUUUUUUUUUAAAGUUAAAAAUGCACCCAUUUAAAAUGGUCUCUUUUUU